CUAACGAUGUGGAGAAUUUGUCGAGCUUGGCCGGGGCAGGCUGUCAAGGCCAAACGCAACAAUAGUACUGGCUGAGGGCGGACACGGCGCCGCGCACGGUGGAGGUGGUGGGUUGAUGGCUGCUGUUCUUGUGUACGGUGCAUGACAGACCGACGGGCAGACUAGAGCAAGAGACGAAGACAGAGACGAGCCAUGGACUGUAUGAAUCGAUGGCACUCAGUUCGACUCGGAGCGAAAGUGGAAGAGAAGUUCUUUUCCCAUCCCUCUGUCCUUCCGUCCAUCCACACAUCCAUUGACCCAUCCGUCCACACAACCAUACGUACAUACAUAUACACACACACACCCGCAUACAGAUAAACACAAAUACAUCAUACGUCCUUUACUCACGCGCAAAUCCGCACGUACGUACACUCACACGAGCAAACGCACACUUGCAAACGCUCUCACACGUAUUCCUGCGUACACACAGACACACACACAAACAUUCGGCCGCACACACGCCUCGAGCUUGCACUGGACGUCGGCCAGCCUUUGCAUAAGUCCUGCGCUGUUGGCGUCUGAGCUCAAAAUCCUGCGGCAGCCCUCGCGCGCGACGUUUCAUCUGCUCUUCAUUGUAAUUGCGUCGUCUUGCAGAGCGAGGCGCUUUUAGGGUGGUAUUAGAUCUCCCUGCAGCUCGCGCAUUCGCGCAUCCCCGCGCCAUGGCGACCUGGACCUCUGUCCCUCCUUCACCACCAGCAAUAAGUCCACAUGGCGACUUGUCCUUCCCAGACGCAGUUCACUCGAGCUUCCCCUCGUCCCCAUACGCCAUCGUCGACCUCUCCCAGGACCUGAACUCGACUCUUCCAAGCCAGCCGUCGCUGAAGCCGCACCCGCCACUCACUGUCGACCCUGGUCCGGCCCACUUUGAGUAUGGUGCUUCCCCCAUGACGGAGGAUUCAAGUUCGAGGCUGCGCAAAAUGUCGCAGUCCUCCACCGACCGAGAAAUGUCAACAGACAUAAAGUCGUCCCGGCUGGACGGUUCUGGAGACGCAGACUCCGACUCUCGAGGAGUGAAGCGGAAGUUUAGCAACGAUGUGGUCGAUUAUCCGCGCCGAAGGGCGACCAUUGCGUGUGAAAUAUGUCGGUCGAGAAAAUCACGAUGCGACGGCGCACGCCCAAAGUGCAGAUUGUGCUCCGAGCUGAAAGCAGAAUGCAUCUAUCGGGAGCCUGGUAUCAAGCUGGAUGCCGGCGACAAGCUCAUCUUGGAGCAGCUCAACGAGAUCAAGGCAAUGAUCCAGACGGGCUUCGCCAACACCGCUGCCGCUAACACAGCCGCCAUCACGACGCCCGGCGUUAGCAUUGGUACUCCCUUGCCCUCCACCUCGGCGACGAAUGGAAGAAGUGCUCCUGUUGGAUUUGCAACGACGAUCGAUUCGCCCAUGCCUAUGAUCAACGCAGGCGAGGAUCCGGAAUCGAGGCGAAACUCAGUUGCCCCAGGAGGUGGCCUUCCUACCAACGACGGUUUCGGUCCGUGGUUCAACCCCACUGCUCAUUCUUCCAUGCCCAAAAAUCAUACAACCCCCGCUCUGAACUUGUUACACUGGCCCAAGAUUCGAGACCUGGUGUCGCAAAGAUGGGACCCCCAGAUUCUGGUUCAGCUUGAAACUCAUCGCGAGCCUCUGUUUUACGGUCAGCCCAGACCGCUUGACUUCACGAACGCACACAUCUAUGCAGAGGCAUACUUCAAGCGUGUCAACGUCUGGUAUGCAUGCGUAAGCCCCUUUAGUUGGAACAGGUACUAUCACAAGGCACGAUCUCAAGGUUUUCGCGAAGGUGCGGAGAGCUGUAUGGCACUCUUGGUCCUCGCUCUAGGCUGCGCGAGCACUGCAGGGAGUAUAUCGCAGCUGCCGCAGAACACGGAACUACCAGGCUACCCCUUCUUUUGGGCCGCGUGGUCUAUCAUGCCCAGUCUUCUGGUGAGGUCGGACGUGCUGGCGGCUCAAUGCCAAAUUCUGGCCGCGGCAUAUCUCUUCUACGCUGUGCGGCCACUGGAAGCAUGGAACGUACUGGCGAGCACCAGCAUGAAAUUGCAGCUUCUCUUGAACGGUACGAUGCCGGCAGGUGCCAAGCAGCUUAGCGAACGUGUGUUCUGGAACACUCUGCUAUUUGAAAGCGAUUUGCUCGCCGAGUUAGAGCUCCCGCACUCUGGCAUUGUUCAGUACGAAGAUGUGGUCGGUCUACCUACACCAUUUGAAGACAUGGGAGAUCCAGCUCCUGGUGUGGAUGAUCUGCGUUAUUUCAAUGCUGAGAUCUCACUACGCCGUCUGCUCAACCGAGUCAGCAAUGCGAUCUAUUCGAAAGCGUCGCCGAUCACAAGCACGGCAGCCCUAGAUCCAGUGGCUGCUGAAUUGGACAACCAGCUGAUUGAAUGGUACAACGGUCUGCCUCCCGCUCUACAGUUUGAUCACGGCGUGGCACCCCUGGCAAGUCCUGUGCAGAGCGUGCUUCGAUUACGCUACUUCGCCUGUCGCACAAUCAUUUAUCGGCCGUAUGUUCUAGCCGUCCUGAUCAAGGAGACUGCCUUUUUGGAUCCCGCAGUGCAAGAAAACUGUCGAAAAUGUCUAGAGGCGUGCAUUCGUCAACUGGAAAACAUCACCGCACACCAUGCAGGGCAUCUUCCGUACCUCUGGCAAGGAGCUCUCUCGAUCGUCUCGCAGACCCUGCUCGUCAUGGGUGCAACACUUUCACCGUCGCUAUCAGGCCUUUUACCGCAACCACACCAGAUCAACGACAUCAUUAAGGAAGUUGUGGAUGAAAUGAAGCGUUACUCGCAUUUAGCACCCAGUCUGCGGCUCGCCGCCAACAUCAUAUCGGAUGCAGAGGAACGGCGGCGACAAAACUUGCGAUCCCCUUCGAUGCAAUACUUGAAAAUGGGGUGAUGUAAGCACAAACAUGGUGGGCGAACUCUCCAAGUCUUGUUUUUGACUCUGCCCAGAUCAGGCAGUCCUGGCAUAUGUGCCUGGAAGUUUUUUUUUUUUUGGUUU